AUGGGAAGUGCAGCAGCCUGUUCUCGUCUCCUGUCUCUGGAUCCGUCUCAGUGCAGUCAUGCCUUGGCUAUAGCAGCUUCUCUAGCUGGAGCUCCAAUGGCUAAUGCUGCCACUCAGUCCAAGCCCCUUCACAUCGGCAACGCCUCUCGUUUGGGACUUGAAGCUGCUCUGCUGGCCUCCAGAGGCCUAGAGGCCAGUCCUCUGGUCUUGGAUGCUGUUGCAGGAGUGGCGGGCUUCAGCGCCUUUUAUGAAGAUUAUGUUCCUCAGCCUUUAGAGUCACCUGAUGGUGGUGGACAUGUGUUCCCUUUAGAGGAGCAGGACAUGGCUUUUAAGCGUUUUCCUGCUCAUCUGGGGAUGCACUGGGUAGCUGAUGCUGCAGCUGCGGUCCAUGAGCUCCUUGUGGGACAUGGUCUAGGACAGGUGUCCCCACAUCAGGUCCAGGACAUCCUGCUCAGAGUCCCCCAGUCUAAAUACAUCAACAGGCCUUUUCCCGAGUCAGAGCACGAGGCACGCCACUCCUUCCAGUUUAACGCCUGCAGCGCUCUGCUGGACGGUGAGGUGACCGUGCAGUCCUUCAGCCCGCCCGCCAUGAGCCGCCCAGAGCUGCAAUUCCUGCUGAGCCGUGUUCGCAUGGAGCAUCCUGAGGACAACCCCGCCAAUUUCAACCGCAUGUACGGAGAAGUCCAGGUGACUCUAGUUGGAGGAGACAUCCUGAAGGGCCGCUGUGACACCUUCUACAGCCACUGGCGCAACCCGCUGACAAACGAGAGCCUGAGCAAGAAGUUCAGAAGCAACGCAGAGGUGGUGCUGCCAUCAGAGAAGGUGGAGCGGCUUGUGGAGGUGGUGGAGGAGCUGGGCAGGCUGGAUGAUUGUGGAGCUCUUCUCUCACAGCUGCAGUGA